GAGCUCGCAGGCAGCAUGGCGGGGCUGCGGGCCAGGCUGGGCUCGGGGCUCGGGCUGCUGGCGCUGUCCACGCUGGGCCUCUGCCUAAUGCUGCAAGUCGGCGCCAAGAGGCCCCCCAAGACGCCCCCGUGCCCGCCCAGCUGCUCCUGCACCAGGGACACCGCCUUCUGCGUGGACUCUAAGGCAGUGCCCAGGAACCUGCCCUCCGAGGUCAUCUCUCUGACGCUGGUGAAUGCUGCCUUUUCGGAGAUCCAGGAUGGAGCAUUUUCCCACCUGCCACUGCUGCAGUUCCUGUUACUCAAUUCCAACAAGUUUACACUGAUUGGAGACAAUGCCUUCACAGGACUGUCUCACCUGCAGUACCUCUUCAUUGAGAACAAUGACAUCUGGGCACUUUCCAAGUUUACCUUCAGAGGACUCAAGUCUUUGACACACCUCUCACUGGCCAACAAUAACCUGCAGACAUUGCCUAGAGACAUCUUUCGGCCCCUGGACAUUCUGAGUGACUUGGACCUGCGGGGCAACUCGCUCAACUGUGACUGCAAGGUGAAAUGGCUGGUGGAGUGGCUGGCACACACCAACACCACGGUGGCGCCCAUCUACUGCGCCAGCCCGCCCCGCUUCCAAGAGCACAAGGUGCAGGAUCUGCCACUGCGGGAGUUCGACUGCAUCACCACAGAUUUCGUGCUGUACCAGACCCUGUCCUUCCCAGCGGUGUCGGCCGAGCCCUUCCUUUACUCCAGUGACCUCUAUUUGGCUUUGGCCCAGCCAGGAGCCAGCGCUUGCACCAUCCUCAAGUGGGACUAUGUUGAAAGGCAGCUUCGAGACUAUGAUAGAAUCCCAGCCCCCUCUGCAGUGCACUGCAAGCCGAUGGUGGUGGACAGCCAGCUGUAUGUGGUGGUGGCCCAGUUGUUUGGUGGCUCUUACAUUUACCACUGGGACCCCAACACCACGCGCUUCACCAAGCUGCAGGACAUCGACCCUCAGCGCGUGCGCAAGCCCAAUGACCUCGAGGCCUUCCGCAUCGAUGGCGACUGGUACUUUGCCGUGGCUGACAGCUCCAAGGCGGGGGCCACCAGCCUCUACCGCUGGCACCAGAACGGCUUCUACUCCCACCAGGCCCUGCAUGCCUGGCACCGUGACACUGACCUGGAAUUUGUAGACGGCGAGGGCAAGCCACGCCUGAUCGUGUCCAGCAGCUCCCAGGCCCCCGUCAUCUAUCAGUGGAGUCGCACCCAGAAGCAGUUUGUGGCCCAGGGCGAGGUGACCCAGGUGCCUGAUGCCCAGGCUGUGAAACACUUCCGCGCAGGUCGCGACAGCUACCUGUGCCUCAGCCGCUACAUCGGCGACUCCAAGAUCCUGCGCUGGGAGGGCACCCGCUUCUCCGAGGUGCAGGCGCUGCCCUCCAGGGGCUCGCUGGCCCUGCAGCCCUUCCUGGUGGGUGGCCGCCGCUACCUGGCGCUGGGCAGCGACUUCUCCUUCACACAGAUCUACCAGUGGGAUGAGGGGCGGCAGAAGUUUGUGCGGUUCCAGGAGCUGGCGGUGCAGGCCCCUCGGGCCUUCUGCUACAUGCCUGCUGGGGACGCCCAGCUGCUCCUGGCCCCCAGCUUCAAGGGACAGACACUUGUGUACCGACACGUGGUGGUGGAUCUCAGUGCCUAGAGGGGGUCCGAGGCCUCUGGGUUCCUCGGGCAGCACUGGAGGCUGGGUGGAGCCUCCAGGUGAGCAGCAUGUUUGCCUGUGUGGACACAUGUAGCCAACCUGCAUACGUGCCCUCACGUACACAUCCCCCCGGUGAGCAUGGACCGUACCGUGGACUCUAGCCCAGGGAUGCCACUUAAUUUUCACUGUAAUCAGCAUGACGUCUUGUAUACGCACCAGACAACCCAGCCCCUGGUGCCCUCCCAUAUGUGGACGCCGGUUCACCCCCCACCACAUCUGCAGCCUCCCUUGCUCUGCUGCCUUCCACAUGCUCUGGCCCAGGGAGGGGUCCUGGGGGGGCUGGAGGCUGAACCGCUCCCUCCUGUUGUUCAGCUUAUCCUUCUGACCCUCUGGUCUUUCCUGUUGGUGCUCCAGGUGUCUGUUUACCUGCUCAUGCUCCGCAUUGCAGCCCAUGGCCACGUCCUUCGUACUGCCGGGUGCGCUCACCCACGCUACCUGCCUUCUGCACGCACACGUGGACACGGACAGACUCCCUCAGUUACACGCACACACACCUGUCUACACUCCCAUCUCCACGUGCACACAUGCAGAUUCAGCGCUGCCUAAAGUGGGUCCCCUCCAUGACCUUGCCUCUCUUCCUGGAGGGGCACAGAGUACCCAUCCUCCUCUGCUCACCCCUGGUGUGCCCACCCUGCAGCUGAAAACGAUUGGAAUGGUGGUGCCAACCUCUGGGCACCAGCUUGACCUCCUGGGGGCAAAGCCCCUCUGCCCGAAGCAAUAACAACAGCUCCAGCAGACCCUGCCGUCUUCCCAGCGCUGUCUCAGUGCUCACUGGAGUUUCCUUCUCUGACCCUGAAUCCAGCUCACUGGUGAACAAGAGACCACCCAGAUGAAAGCCUUUCUGCUUUUCUUUCCUUAGCUGCCCCAGCCUCAGACCACCCCCUGGUUCAGCCCCACCAUUGGGAUACGGACCCUGCACUGUGUUGGCUCCUUUGGGUGCGUCCAAGGGCUGGCCAAGCCAGGGAUGCUGCAAGCACCUGAGGCAUCUGGGCAGGUGCCAGGAGUGGAACUGGGCUGAAGAGCAUCCUGGGGGCCCUGGCGCCCCUCCAAACCACAGAGGCACACCCCAGGAGCACUGCCUUUCAAUGCAAGCUGAGUGCCGCAGGGGGGAGGGAGGGAGGGUCCUGUGGGAGCAGCACCUGGCAGCCAAGCUUCUGCUGCCCUCUGCUGUACGCUGGGAAUAGAGGGCUCUGAGAUGUUAGGCUGGUAGGGAAGGCACAGGGCGGCGAGUCUCUUCCCUCUGCCCAGACUGUGUGGGGACCUCCAGGUAGGAGGAUACCCAGGGGCACUUGGGGACAAUGCUCUGAUUCACUUGCUUCAAAUAAAAAGUUUC